GGAAGUGACGUCCAUCGCCGGCCCUCGGUUGGGUGGGCGGAAGAGACUUCCGGCUCCGGGAGAAGAGAGGGGCAAAGAAAGAAGGGGGAGGCGGAGGGCGCGCGAGGCGGCGGCCCCGGGGUCUCCCUCGCCUCUCCCGCCGCCAUGGAGUUCCCAGGAGGAAAUGAGAAUUACCUGGCGAUCACUGGAGCAACCCAUCCCUUCUUGUCAGGAGCUGAGACUUUCCACACACCAAGCUUGGGGGAUGAAGAGUUUGAGAUCCCACCCAUUGCGCUGGACGCUGACCCCUCCCUGGCUGUUGCUGAUGUUGUUGGCCAUUUUGAUGACCUAAGUGACCCUGUGACUGCUCCGGAUGCCAGCUUCUCAGCCCAGUAUGGUGUGCAGGCACUUGACAUACCUGUGAGCAUUACCCACAGCCUCAUGGAGCAAGGUGGAGGGCUGCUGAGCAGCGGGUUGGCUAUGGACUUAGAUCAUCCCAUGGAGACUCAGUACAGUGCUAACCCACCUGUCACCAUUGAUGUGUCUAUGACAGACAUCAGCUCCAGCCUCAUGGGACAUGGGCAGCUGACCACCAUUGACCAGUCAGAGCUCAGCUCUCAGCUGGGACUCAGCCUAGGGGGUGGUUCCAUCCUGCCUCCUGCAGCCCAGUCACCUGAGGAGAGGCUCUCUCCUACUCCCUCACCCACAAAUUCCAUGCCUGAGGAGGAACCAGAAGAGAUCAGACGGCAAGUGUCUGUCGCUAAGCCAACUGUCACAGCAUCAGUAAUGCCCAUGCCAGUCACGGUGCCCACUGUAAUGCUGGAAGCAGUGAAGAAGCAGAAACCAGCCAAGAAACAGAAAAAGAAGAAAGACCCGAAUGAGCCCCAGAAACCCGUCUCAGCCUAUGCUCUGUUCUUCCGUGACACACAGGCAGCCAUCAAGGGGCAGAACCCCAAGGCCACCUUCGGAGAAGUGUCCAAGAUCGUGGCCUCCAUGUGGGACAGCUUGGGGGAGGAGCAGAAGCAAGUGUACAAGCGGAAAACAGAGGCAGCAAAAAAAGAAUAUUUGAAAGCAUUGGCAGCCUAUCGUGACAACCAAGAGUGCCAGACGGUUGUCGAAACAGUGGAACCGGACCCAAUCUCCUCACCACCAGAGCAAGUGGCCCCAGUCGUGGAAGCCACUCCUUCGCCAGCCCCGAUGCCGCCCACCCCGCCGGCACUUGAGAGCCCCCCACCUCCUCCAACGAUUGUCCCUGCCCAACCCACUGUGGUGGUGACCUCCAGCGCGGGGCCCCAGGCAACCGGCCAGACCAGCAUUACCAAGAUCAUCAUCCCCAAGCAGAUGCUGCCCUCCUCAUUGGCAGUGUCGUCGCAAGGGGGUGUGGUGACAGUCAUCCCCGCCACCAUGGUGACCUCGCGAGGCAUCCAGCUGGGGCAGCUGCAGGCUGGGACAGGCACCACCCAGAUUGUCACUCGUUCGGUAUUGGCAGCAGCUGCAGCAGCUGCAACAUCCAUGCAUCUCCCGCGCCUCCAGCCCCCACCCCUCCAGCAGAUGCCUCAGCAGCCCCCGGCCCAGCCAGUCACCAUCCUCCAGCAGCCCCCUCCCCUACAGGCCAUGCAACAGCACCCUCUCCAGCAAAAGGUGCGCCUCAACCUUCAGCAGCCCCCGCCCCCCUUGCAAAUUAAGAUCCUGCCCCCACCUGCCCUGCAGAUCCAGCCCAUUGCCCUCCGGACGGAAGAAAGCAGCCCCGAAAGGCCCAGCACUGAGCUUCAAACGUCUCCUGAGUCUGUGGAUGUGGUACCAGAGGUGGAGUCCCCAACACAAAUGCACGUGGAGUUGGUGUCCGAAUCACCGAUGGCCAUGUCACCUCGGCCUCGCUGUAUCCGGGCAGGCUGUGACAACCCGCCUGUGGCCAACAGUGACUGGGACAACGAGUACUGCAGCAAUGAGUGUGUGGUGAAACACUGCAGGGAUGUGUUCCUAGCUUGGCUGGCCUCCCGCAAUUCCAACAACAAUGUUGUCUUUGUGAAAUAACCCUCAGCCUUUGGGGCAGGGAGGAAGCUACUGAUUUUACGUCCCAGUGCACACUUUCCCCAAGGACAACCAAAAACAGAUACAAGAAUCGCCAUGCAACUUUGGGGCUGGAGGGGGACACGGCAGGAUUGUACAUCAUUUGGAGACCCUCUGCAGGAGAAGACAUCCUUUUGGGGUGGGAGGGGAUGGCUUGGGUGCUCCAGACUUCUCCCCUUAUUUUUUUUUUUCUAUAUACUAUCCCUUGAUGUUUCUCUUAAUGGAGCCAAUUAAAGCUGGACAAGGGA